ACUGGUUUGAUCCAGUCUUCUGAGCAUGCGCAAUCGGUGUAAACAGGAAGAAGCUGCGAAAACCAGGGAAAAUCUAGAAGAUGAAUAUAUAUUCAACGGGGAAAAAAUCAUAACGUUCAUUGAUUACUCGUAAUUUUAUUAUUUUAGCGCACGAAUAUGUCAACGAAUAUUAUUCUGAAUGAAGUAUUUUAGCACAGCGGUACACGACAGUCAGCAACGUUACAUUAGAUAUACCUUUUCUUUAUUUUUUUACAGAUUGGCAACUAACUGAAGCUAGUAGCUUUCGUUUCGUUUUACUAGAAAAUAGUUUGCAAGAAUCUAAUUUGGACAGACAAGUCGAGCAAUAUUUUUUCACACUGCGGCCUGUGAACAACGCCGGGGAUUGUCAGUAAACUAACGUUACACGGUUCAUUUCCCCUCUCCUUUCAAGUCGUCCGGAUGGCCUGCUAACCUAUUGUCGGAGUUUCGGGUCAGACUCCCCUCGUCCAAGCACGUUUUUUUCCCUAAACCCUGUCUGUUGCUAGCUACGAUAACAGACAGUCUAUAGAAAUGGUUCAGAAAGGUAAGGCGGUGGUGGGGACGUCUCAAGUGGAGGUUGAGGCGAGCCCAAGCUCGGGGCCGUCUGAGGCUGGUUCAGAAGCCCCUGGCUCAGUGGAAGAACCGAGAAGCAUCGGGGUGGAACUAUCGGGCCGCAGGAAAUUCAUCAGUGGAGUCGUGGAGGGCUUCUAUGGCCGGCCAUGGACAAUGGAACAAAGGAAAGAGCUGUUCAGGAGACAGCAGAAAUGGGGCUUGAACACAUACCUCUACGCACCUAAAGAUGACUACAAACACAGGAUGUUCUGGAGAGAGAUGUACUCAGUAGAAGAAGCAGAACAACUGAUGACCCUGAUUAGUGCUGCAAAGGAGUAUGGGACCGAGUUCAUCUAUGCCAUCUCCCCAGGCCUAGACAUCACCUUCUCUAACCAGAAAGAAGUGUCCACACUCAAGAGGAAACUGGACCAGGUAACUCACUUUGGCUGCAAGUCAUUUGCCUUACUGUUUGACGACAUCGACCACAACAUGUGCCCCGCCGACAAGGAAGUGUUCAGCUCCUUCGCCCAUGCCCAGGUGUCCAUCACCAAUGAGAUCUUUCAGUACCUGGGAGAGCCUGAGACCUUCCUCUUCUGCCCCACAGAGUACUGUGGAACAUUCUGUUACCCCAAUGUGGCCCAGUCUCCCUACCUGCACACAGUGGGAGAGAAGCUGCUGCCUGGUAUUGAAGUGCUGUGGACAGGUCCUAAGGUGGUAUCCAAAGACAUUACAGUGGAGUCCAUAGAGGAGGUCUCUAAGAUCCUGAAGAGAGCUCCGGUAAUCUGGGACAAUAUCCAUGCCAACGACUACGACCAGAAGCGUCUGUUCCUGGGGCCGUACAAGGGGCGCUCCACAGAGCUCAUCCCCCGCCUCAAGGGGGUUCUCACCAACCCCAACUGUGAGUUCGAGUCCAACUUCGUGGCCAUCCACACCCUGGCCACCUGGUAUAAGUCCAACAUGAAUGGAGUGCGCAAGGAUGUCGCCAUGACGGAUGGAGAGGACAGUACCGUGUCUAUCCAGAUCAAGCUGGAGAAUGAGGGCAGUGAUGAGGAGUUAGAGACAGACAUGUUGUACAGCCCUCAGCUGGCCCUGAAACUGGCCCUCACAGAGUGGCUGGGGGAGUUUGUAGUGCCUCACCAGUACAACAGUCGCCAGGUACCCCACAGCGGAGCUAAGAGUUCAGCUAUUGACGUGUCAUCACUAGGUGCCUCCUCCCUCUGCUCUGCUACUACAGUCACUACAGUGUUCCAACAGCCCAUCAUGACACCCACAGGCGCCCCUGACCCCAACAAUCACCCCACGGCCAAGAGACUGCAACAACAAGAGGUGGAGGAGGUGGAUGUUGAGAAGAAGGAGUCUGAUGAAGAGCCCAUGGAGAUGGUUGUGGAGAAACCAGAUGAGACGGACCCAGAGUCAGACCCUGUAGCGGAGGCUGCAAAUGAGACCAAGAGCAGCCUGGUCCUUAUAGACAAGAUGUCAGAGGAUCUGAAGCCCAUGGACACAGACAGGGAAGUCCUGGUUCUUGAGUCCAAGUCUCCAGAGGAGGACAUUGACAUGGCCCCCAUGCAGACAGACGAACAGCUCAAACAGGAUGUCUUUGUACCUGGUCCCAAUGAGAAGGCAUUGUACACGGCAGAGCCUCUCUCUCUGGAGGACCUGACCCUGCUAGCUGAGCUCUUCUACCUGCCCUAUGAAUACGGACCCAAAGCCCUGCACAUGCUCAAGGAGUUCAACUGGCUACGGGCCAAUAGCAGCACCGUCAGCGUCAACUGCGAGGGCAAGGAACCAGAGAAGGUUGCGGAGUGGAAGUGCCGGGCUGAGAAGUUUGAGGAGAUGUGUUGCUCGGUCAUCCAGAUGUUCACCAGGCUCUCUAAUUCAGCCAACCGCACCAUCCUCUACGACCUCUACCCCUACAUCUGGGACAUCAAGAGCAUCACCUCCAUGGUCAAGUCCUUUGUCCAGUGGCUAGGGUGCCGUAGUCAGGCCACUGCACAGUUCCUUAGUGGAGACCAAGAGCCUUGGGCCUUUAGGGGCGGUCUAGCAGGAGAGUUCCAGAGAUUGUUGCCAAUCGACGGGGCAAAUGAUCUUUUCUUCCAGCCUCCUCCCGCACUGCCAACAUCCAAAAUCUAUUCCAUCAGGCCCUACUAUGCUAAAGAUGAGCAUGCAGUUUAUAAGAUCUGCAGAGAGAUGUACUCUGAAGGAGUGGAGGAACUGCCCUUCUCUGGAGAGGAGCCAGACCUCAUAGGCGACAGGUUAGUAGGAGGGUUCCUGAACCUGAGUCCAGACUAUGGGUUUGUCCUGGAGGACGAGGAGGGGAUCUGUGGUUACGCUCUGGGCACUGUGGACGUCAAGCCCUUUGUCAAGAAGUGUAAAAUGAGCUGGAUCCCCUCCAUGCAGGAGAAAUACAACAAGCCCGACUGCCAGAAGGACCUCUCUGAGGCUGAGAAGAUGAUGUUGAGUUUCCAUGAGGAGGAGGAGGGCCUCCCAGAGUCAUUCCUCUCCAACUUCCCGUCCCUCAUCAAAGUGGACAUACAUGCCAAGGUCACCGACCCCAGCGUGGCCAAGAGCAUGAUGGGAUGCCUGCUCUCCUCCCUAAAGGCCAAUGGUUCCAUUGGUGCGUUCUGUGAGGUGCGUCAGGCAGACAAGAGGAUGAUGGACUUCUACAGUAAGCUUGGCUGCUUCGAGGUUGCCAAGAUGGAGGGCUUCCCCAAAGACAUAAUCAUCAUGGGCCGCAGCCUUUGAGAACAACUACGAGAUCAUCAACACGGGACGCAGCUUCUGAGACAGUUGACAGCCUGGCUAACCAAGCAACCAUGGAGCUGUAUAGAAAGCUUAAGUCAGCCAGGCUAAGGAUCACUGUCUGUUACCUUUACAAAACAACCAAUACUUGAUGAUUUUAUACUUCAACCACCUGGACUAGACGAGGCUAGAGGCAGCCUGUUUUUAGACCGUGUUUAGACCGUGUUCAUCUUGUACAGAUUCACUGUGCUGCCGCUAAAGGCCCAGAGCUCUGCCGGAUUGAAACAGAAUCCGAAACUGUUAAGAGCCACAGAGGUUAUCUGUAAAGCCCAGUGUGUGUUGAUUUGAGCCAAGAUGGCGGACGGUUUCCCUCUGUCUUUGGUCUCCAGAAUGGAGAUGAUGACUGUUCCCCAUGCGGCUGCAGGAAGUAGGAGCUGGUCAGGUGCCAUCCACUCCCAUUAGCCUUUCAGACCAUUCAACUUGACUGUCAAUAGCCCCGAGUGGGUGUCUGUCUGUGUCUCACUCAGACACAGUCAGGGGGUGUAUUGAGAUAUUACUCCAUCUGAAAUUGCACCGUAUUCCCCAUGUAACACAUUACUUUUGUCUGGUUAAAGGUAGUGCAGUGAAUAGGGAGUUAUUUGAGACUUGGUAGUAGAUCCUGACACUACACCCUAGUAUAGGCCUAGCUGACAGGGUGCUGGUUGGGGAAAAGGGGCCUUUAAAGUAUAUUACAGUUUUCUCCUGCACCACCUCUUCACAGGUGGUCCUCCUAGCUAACAGAGUGGAAAGUGGUUUAUGAUUCCACCUAUACUGUUUUCUAGUGUGUCCAUUUCACUCUUGAGUUUGAAAAAUGAUCUCUUUCUGGUGUGUUAGAUUCCUCAAUAGUUUACCUAACCAUGACAGACAUGCAGAUGAAAUCAUAUGUUUGAGUGUUCGAGGAAACUUCUGAAGACUUAAGUAACGAGUUGUUUGCUUGAAACCCACCUGAGUAGAAAUGGGUAACCUUGAAGAGAGAAAGGAAUAUGUGGAAGUUGUCACUUAUGUUAUGGUUUGUCUAUUCCCUUAACCCUUUGCUUUUGGCCAUGCUUUUUUACUUGGGAUGUAACGAUUUAUCCCAUACGCAUCGGUCCCCGAUUUGAAAUGUUUUAAGAUAUAAGUGCGCCGGUCCAUGGACCCCAAACCGAUCCAAAUGUAGCAUGCAUCGGUCAGAAAACGAUUUAAACGUUACAAAUUGCCGGUUCACCAAAAUGUUUUGCUCAAUUACAUUCUUUCUACCUUCUGAAAAUACUUCUCAACUUUUGUGUCAAUGUCGAACUGCAUGUAACUGUUGACAGUCAUUGAUCUUACAAGGCGUUUUGCAUGUCGAACAACCCCAGGCAAUAUCAGUAGCCUAGUCAAACUGAUACUCUUUAAAGACAGACUUUACAGUAUUGUUGCCUGUAAAAAUUAUUAUUAUUAUUAUUUUUUUAAACAGGCACUGUUUAUUAGGACCCAAUUCAUAGUCACAUUCUUGCCAGGAUAAGCCUUGUUUUUAUAUCUCCCGUGCACAUGCCGGCAAGUGUGGGAGUAGACGUGGGGCCAAUGUGGGUGGACAUCCUAUUUUAAUAAAUCCAUUAUUAAUUCAUUUUAGGCUGGACCUAAGAAACAUAACAAAUUUUUCCCCCAAAAAAAUAGAAUGCCAUGUAUUGAGUUUAAUUAUGUUACUGGUCUGUGUGGCCUAUAUGGCUGCAGCAUGCACGUGAAAUCAAUAUUUAUUUAGUUAAUUAAACAGACAAGACAUACUUGGCUACAUUAUUGCAUGCUAAAUGUUUCUGAUCGGUGAUGGAUGAGCAAACUGAUCGAUGAGCUAUACCACCUCCACAUAUUUACCCAGACAGAGAAUUAACAAAAUAUACAGACAAGAGAUUCAGUGAAACAAAAUCACAUUGAUUAAGACAAGUCAGAGGGUUUUGGUCGGGAGUAAGCCUAGGCUACUAAGUGACUGCCAGUGAAGAGCAAAAUAAUCCACUUGUUAAGCUACAUAACAUGCUGGCAAAAUGUUCUAAUCACUGCUAAUAAAUGUGCCAACCAGACAAGAUGAUCAUGAGCAGCACUCACCUCAACUUAGCUAACAUUACCACAGCCUAAUUGUAGUCUUACCAAUGUCCAAACAGGUUCGGUGAAAAGAAAAAUCUGACAUUGAUUUAUCAAGACCCCAUGCUUGUCUCAAAGCGGUGCUGAAAUAGUUGACCACACGCAGGAAGGCCGCUGUGUCAAUCAAAUGUAUUAUAACAGUUGGAUGACUGGGAGUUUCAGUAAGCAACAAUUUGAUGCCUUCAAUUGGAUUGGCCUACUUUAUUCCAAUAUUUUUGUCAUUCGGUGAUGUCUAUUCCAACGAUAAUUCUUUAUGGAUCCAUCCAGUUAUAGUUAAGAAAAGUGUGUAUAUGGUGGGCUACGCGAAGAUUGGUGAAGUGACAUGUCUCGCCAAGUUUAGAACUGCCAGGAUGAUAGUAGUAACUGGUGGUGCCUAGCAACCAUCAAGACCUUAAGAGCGUGCCAAUGCCGCCUCAGCAUUACGGCUACAUUUCAUACUAAGCCUAGGGCAGAACUGUACCACAACCAUGUCGCCAGCAAUACCUUUCAUAUAUAAAGAGAAGUCGGCAAAAAGUUAUCGGGAUGCUAAAUAAAAAAGCGGAUAAGAUCUUGGUUUUGAAGGUGUGUGAGAAGGGUGCAAUUGCGGCCCACAAUUCGUGGUGUUCCUGUAUGUUGGUAUUCCUGCAUCUGCAUAUUCAGGAUAAGAAUGGCCACAUUCAGGAAUGCCCCAAAUUGCAGGCUGCAUUCACACACUGUUGGUCAAACUGCGCACAGUGCCCAGUUUUGCACGCUGACCAACACAAGGUAGGCGACCUGUUCCUGCUCUUGCACAUCUGUGCGGCACCUUCAGCAUGCAAAUGCUAAAAUGGCUUGCAUGAUAUCAGGCUUUAUUAGUUCAGUGACAACCUAUGUAAUUUGCUACGUUAUUGCUAUCUAUGUGCUGUUGAAAAUUGUUUUUUACCGGAAUAAAAGUAAGCUACCAGAGACAACUCAUCUGGCUAUACCUGCUGAACAGGGA